AUGGUAAAAAAGAGAGGAAAGUCCUCACGUGCGAUUAAGCAUCAGAUGAGUGAUGUUGUGCCACCGUGCAAACAGGCAAAAGCUCAUGUGCAGAGGCUGAAGGUCCCACCUGCACUCAAUAAGCUCACUAAGACCCUUGACAAGAACCAACUUCUCUGUGCAAGAUUCUCCUCAAGUAUAGGCCUGAAGACUGGGCAGCCAAAGAAUGUACGUCUUCUCAAGAAGGCUCAGUCUGAAGCCGAGGGAAAGCCUCUUCAGUCCAAGAAGCCAAUUGUUUUGAAGUAUGAUUUUAACCAUAACAAGGUAGUUGUGAUUGCUCAUGAUGUGGACCCAAUUGAGUUGGUUGUCUGGUUGCCAGCAUUGUGCAGGAAAAUGGAAGUUCCUUACUGCAUUAUCAAAGGAAAAUUAUGA